UGGUCUCUGUUACAGGUGUAAAAUAAUGCUGACACCAUUAAAACCAAAAUCAUAGCCUAAAGUAUUCUUGAAAAAAUAAAAAAAAUGUAAAUAUAAAAUAAUUAUUAAAAGGAUUGUCUGCCUGUGAAGAGAAAAAGUAAGCAUAAAGUUUAUUUAAUAAAAGGUUUGAAUACAAACUCAUGUUCAACAUACACAAUUCAAAAAUACAUUAUUCUAACAACUUUGAAAAAUAUUGAUAUAAAUUAAAUAAAUUCAAUACAAUGGCCAACUUUUUUCAAUAUGAUCAAUGCAAUGAUGAUAUUAAAGUGCAAGAGAAUAAAAAAAGGUCUUCGGCUUUAUCGAAGUUUGAAAUGAACGAAUGGACUUUCAGCGUAUGCCUUUUUUUAAUAUCAUCAGCAAUAGUGCUCGGAAAAAUCUACCUCCUCUAUGGACAGCCUCUAAUAAUCAAAAAUAAUUACAUAAUAUCGAAAGAAUUAUAUUUUUCUAAUUUUCAAGAUGUCUUCUUACUGCCAAAUGAUGUUAUAUCUCAUACUAGAGAUGUUUUCCAAAAAAAUAAAUGGUUUUUUAAAGCCCUCUGCAGUGGACUUGGAGUCACAGCAUUCACUUGGUUCAUUAUUUAUAAAGAUAGUUAUAUUCCUGGAAUUAAUCCCCCAUCGCCAUUUAGCCCUUCUAAAAAAAAAAUCAGACAUUGUGAUGAAUCAAAAGUUCCCUUAAAUUACUUAAUGGGUAUAGUAAAUGGAGUUCUUAUAUUUAUAUACAUGUGUCUUUGAUAUGACAGCACGAAAACAAAUAUUCAUCAUGACUUAAAUUAUUUACUUAUUAUUGUUAUGCUUAUUAUUUUAUUUAAUAUUCAAUAUUAAUUAUAUAUAAUAUAUUCGUGUAAUUGUGUACUCGAUUUAUA